UCAUUUCUCUGGGCAGUUGAUAAUCUCAUGUAUGAGCACGGAGUGUGAAACAACGGAGUCCUAGCGGGGUUUUAUUAUUAUUUUCUUUUUCUUUCUGGAUUUGAAACAACAUGGCAGACGUAGUGGACGGAGAGGACGUGCGCUCGGCGGUACCCUCCGCACUGCGCUCCUCACGGCACGGCUCCGGCGGGAACGUCGCUGCGGGCCCGCGGCUCGUCCGCAUCGUCAAGUCAGACUCGGGCUACGGCUUCAAUGUCCGCGGCCAAGUGAGUGAAGGAGGCCAGCUGAGGAGCAUCAACGGUGAGCUGUACGCGCCGCUGCAGCAUGUCAGCGCCGUGCUCCCGGGCGGUGCAGCGGACAGAGCCGGCAUUUCCAAGGGCGACCGCAUCCUCGAAGUGAAUGGCGUGAACGUAGAGGGAGCCACACACAAACAGGUGGUGGAUCUGAUCCGAGCUGGAGAACGGGAGCUCGUCCUUGCUGUCCUCUCUGUUCCCCAGCCAGAGACAGACAGCCUGGACCCGGGAGACGAUGGCUCGUCCCAGUCCUGCUACGACUACAGUGACAAGCAAGCCGUGCCCAUCUCUGUGCCCACCUAUAAACACGUGGAGCAGAAUGGCGAGAAGUUUGUGGUGUAUAAUGUAUACAUGGCUGGCAGACAACUCUGCUCCAAGCGCUACAGAGAGUUCGCCAUUCUGCAUCAAAACCUUAAGAGGGAGUUUGCUACUUUUACAUUCCCCAAGCUGCCUGGAAAGUGGCCCUUCUCUCUGUCCGAGCAGCAGCUGGACGCCCGACGGAGGGGACUGGAGGAAUACCUAGAAAGAGUGUGUUCUGUGCGAGUGAUUGGAGAGAGUGAUAUAAUGCAGGAAUUCUUGUCUGAAUCAGAUGAGAACUAUAAUGGAGUCUCUGAUGUGGAGUUGAGGAUAGCCAUGCCAGAUAAAACCACAGUAACUGUCCGAGUUCGAAAGAACUGCACUACAGACCAGGUGUACCAGGCUGUGGUGAUGAAGGUUGGGAUGGACAGUAUUACCGCCAGUUAUUUUGCUCUCUUUGAAGUCAUUAACCACUCAUUUGUACGGAAGUUGGCUCCGAACGAGUUCCCUCAUAAGCUAUACGUGCAGAACUACACAUCAGCUGUUCCCGGUACCUGCCUCACGCUGCGCAAGUGGCUCUUCACAACCGAGGAGGAGAUCCUGCUGAACGACAACGAGCUUGCCAUCAACUACUGCUUUCACCAGGCACUGGAUGAUGUGAAGAGGGGGUUUAUUAAAGCAGAAGAGAAAUCAUACCAGCUCCAGAAACUGGCUGAACAGAGGAAGAUUUCCAUGUACCUGAGUAUGGUGAGGUCAUGUGAAGGCUACAACGAGAUCAUCUUUCCUCACUGUGCCUGUGACUCCCGCCGCAAGGGCCACGUUAUCACAGCCAUUAGCAUCCGGCACUUCAAACUCCAUGCCUGCACUGAAGAGGGCACUCUAGAGAAUCAGGUGAUAGCAUUUGAAUGGGGCGAGAUGCAGAGGUGGGACACUGAUGAGGAGGGAAUGGCUUUCUGCUUCGAGUACGCACGAGGAGAGAAGAAGCCACGCUGGGUCAAAAUCUUCACUCCAUACUUUAACUACAUGCACGAGUGCUUUGAGCGGGUCUUCUGUGAGCUCAAAUGGCGAAAAGAGGUGGAAGAGGAAGCGACGGAUAAAGACAAUAAGAACUGUAGUAAAGAUGGUAUGUGUAGUAAGAAUAUCUUCCAGCUGUUGAGGCACAGAAGGGAUGGAGGCACCUGAGACAGGAGAUUGUCAGUCCCUGAACACAAAACUACACACACACACACACACACACACACACACACACACAAAUCAGCGCAGGAACAUCAUGGGUCCCAACCAACGCAGUCUCUCCACUAACAUAUAGACACACACUCACUCACUCACUCAGUGGACAACCAGAACUAAAGACUCACAAUACAAUAGAAAUAAGCAAACUAAAAACGAGAACCAAGACUUUUCUCACUUUUGAACCAUCCCAUCAUAUCACCACUGGGACUCCACUCAUUUCACUCGUUCUGUUGGAGGGUAUUUCCAAGGUGACUAUUUGCUUGUGCAGAAGAAACUGAUGAGGCUUUUCAUUAACACUCCAGGUAACCGGCUUUAUUCUUUGUAAGGACACUACCAACACGUUGGCCUGUUAAACAGGACCAUCCCGGCUGCACUGGCUAUUAACAUUAAUCUCUGCACUAUGAUUGGUCCUGGUGACUCGUGCAUGUAAAGGAAAGCCGUGUACGUUGGUCAGGUUUGCCGGCAUCUCAUGAGGAUUUGAACCCCGAGUUAGGAAGCCAAAAACAACAGAACAAGAAAGAUGGAGAAGAGGAGUGCACUUUCAGCCAGGAAGCCUCAGUGGUAAAACUUCAUCCUGACACUAACACACACAUGCAUUCUGUGACGGGAUGCAACACCAUCCCUCAAAAUGUAUCAGCACAAAAGGUUGGGGGGAGGGGGGGACGAAGGGGGGAGGACCACAGUGACAUUCAUGCGUGUAAAUAUCUUGAACCUUCUCUCCAUCCACCUGGACAAGCAGAGCAGAUAAGCAAGAACUUAUGUUCGCACAAAAAUUUGAGAAAGCAGACAGUUCUGUAUUUCUAAAUUACCUCUCCCAGUUUAAAUUAAAUUAUAUACAUAUAUAAAAUAUUUAAAUAUUUUUAUUGUUCCUCACUUAUUUCCCCCAUCCUGUUCAAACUUUAUAAACAAGUCUUUUUUCUUUUUUUUUUUUUAGAAUCCUUUCAGUCUGAAUAUUUUUUUUUAUGAAUUUUACCCACAAAGUUUACGUUAACCUUUAACUUCCACUGUGCACACUUAAUCUUUUCAGAGUGGGGAAAAUAGUUGAGUAUUAUGAAUGCAGUGAAUCAGAGAUCCGUCAGUAAAAUAAAACACUUUUAAUGAAGGUAUGAAUCAACUGCUUGUUUAGUUCUUUCUUUCUUUCUUCCAAAUGCUACGAGGCAGGUCAACAAGAUGGAUGUAAAGUAGUUGUUCUUAAAAUAGGGUCUGGGAAGCAUCGCCGGGGGUUCAUUACUUUUAAACUGGUGGAAAUCACAAUGUCACAUAAUGAGUUAUAUUUAGGCAUCCAAGCACCAAAGUCAAGUUUAUUUGUAUAGCACUUUUAACAAUAGACAUUGUCGCAAAGUAGCUUUACAGAAAAUUUAAGACUUUUAAACAUGUGCUAAUUUUAUCCCUAAUCUAUCCCCAAUGAGCAAGCCUGUGGCAAUGGUGGCAAGGAAAAACUCCCUCAGACAACACGAGGAAGAAACCUCGAGAGGAACCAGACUCAAAAGCGAACCCAUCCUCAUUUGGGUGAUGACAAAUCGCGUGAUUUAUAAGUAACUCGCGUCUAUAACUGUGUCCUAUAGAGUCACAAAGUAUAACUGUGACAAUAGGAAAAUCAUUAUAGCUUUAACACGAAGUCUGUUUUUUUUAAGUUAUAAACUGUUUAUUGAUGGAAACUUGAGUGCAAAACUGUUCAUAACAACCGCAGUCCUAAAGUUAGCAAGUCAACUGUAGUCCUCAGGCAUAAAUGCCUUACUGUAAGUGUCCAGAGCGUCUUCCAAGUGUGACUUUCGACUGUCCGUAUGGGGCCGUCCUCCACAGGAGUAACGUGAUCAGACUCCAGCCAGACAUAGAGCAUCAGGAUGGAUCAGGCAGGUCUGAGGAGCAGAAGAGGUCAGCAUCGCUGGUGUCUCAGGAUCGACAUGUAACUCGGGGGGGGGGAGAAAACACAGGUAUGCCCAGUGUUUUCUAAAGAGGUAAGAACAGGAUACAUUUUGCACUGAGUGCAAGCAGGGACUCCGGCAAAACUAACUAUGACAGCAUAACUAAAAGGGGAGAGCCAGAAGGUAACACAGGCAUGAGGGCACCCCGGGACAUAAAGCAUCCAGCCACUACACAGUCAACAAACUUGAGUGAGUGGGGGGGAUGACAGCAUCCAUACAUCCCAGGAAAGUCAACUCCGACCUAAUGUAUUUGAUCAGGAGAAAUUUCAGGAAUAGAAAAUUCGAUGGCUCUCAAGUUUUUUUUUUAUUAAUAAUAAUAAUAAUAAUAUAAUUAAUUUCAUGAAACAAGUCUAUACUGUAGGUGUUUGUGGAAUUUAUUUUAUAGUCUAAUGAUUCUCUGGCUACAAAAAAUAUCAGAACGACUGAUUUAACACUACUCUGAAUUUAUAAAGGAGGGCAGGUUUUUUUUUUGUUGUUUUGUUUUUUAAUCUAAUUAAACCCGGUCUUUUUCCUUCUUUUAAGAAAUGGGUCGCUGAAAGUCUGGAAAAACUGUGUUAAGACUGAACACGACCAGCCAGUAUUCUGAUACACAAAUACAGGCCAUGCAACACUGGUUCCCCAGGAGGACUGGUCACAUGUGUUGCGUUCAUUUACAAUUACAGAAUAUUCAAAAGACUUCUUGUUUUAAGAGUAAACGUGUAUGCAUGUUUUUCUUUUGCUGUUGUCUCAUGACUGUUUGACUAUCAGUAAUUUAUUAAUCAUCCCAGGAAAAAAAGUUGUUUUUCAAAACCUGUUGUGUUUAUGGAUGGAACCAGUAGACUGGGUCAUUUCUUCAUACCGUUCAGAAAAAAUCUGAGGGAAAUGCAUACACACAGCAGAAUGUUUGUCUUACUGUAGCAUUACGAAGUGUAAAAAAUAAAGUUUUUGCUUUCCUAUUUCAUUUUAUAAAAAGUGAAUUGAGCUGGUCUUUUAAUAAAUAAAUAAAUAAAGCAACAGAACCUAACUUUUAUUAGAUUGAGAGGCUUAUUAUUACAAGCAGCUCACAUAAGAAUGUUUUGUAAUGAUAGUUGUGCUGUGCACUUCUCUCCUCCUGCACAUACAGAUAAUUGCAAUAGUUAUGAUCCGGUACAUGUUCUAGUAUUCAAAAAGAAAUGGCUGACUGUCUACUGGUGUUAUUAGAAACUGUAAAAAUGCUCUUGCUGUCAAGAAGCAGCAGCUUUAAUAUUUAAUGGCUGCAUUAAUAUGCGUUAGGGUGGGGUUUUGUUUUUGUGUGUGUAAAAUUUUGAGGCUGACAUUCAGUAGCUUCUUAUGGUUUUUUUUUUUGUUUUAAAUAAUGACUAGUCAUUUCUUCAUUUCUUUGAAACUCCAUAAAUCCCAUUAAACCUGAAAUGAUUUGUAUUUAUACACACCAGAUAAAGAUGUCCGAACCAUUCGCAAACCUUCUGCAUCUCCAGAGGAUUGUUUCCAUUGUAUGUCAGUUUGUUAAGACUAGUAGAAUGUGGUUUUGGCUUUCUUCGUAUUUUUGAAAAAGGUAAAACAUGUAGGUCUGUUAAAUGAGCGUUAUGAUUUGUGAUUCUAUUUCUUCUGUACGUGACUGCCAUUUUUUAAAAUCUGAUUUGAUUGUUUUGGGGUCAGUUCUUAAAGUCAGUCUCCUUUAGUGCAGGCGUAAUGUUUUGCACUUGUUGUAUUAUCCAUAUGGUUCUGUGAUUAAUGAGCGACAUGACCUGACAUUUCAGUGCUGAGGGUUUUUAGUUUUGUUUAUGUUUAGCCCCUCCCCCCUUAUUUUGAGGUAUUGAUUAUCUUUUUCCUGCAUGUUUGCCUCCCAACACUUCAUUUAAAUGCCAUGCAUUACAGAUGCAGUGUCUGUAUUUAUUGUAUUUUAUAACAGCCUUUCUCUUCGAUAUCUACCAUUAUCCAGACUUUAUUUCUAAACGGAGUAUGGUUUAACCCUUGUUUGUAUUAAUAUUCAUCAGUAUAAUGUGUCACGCUUGUGCCGUAUUAUCCCAUUACGAGCUUGGUACGGAUUCUACACACUGAUGAACACCAUUUUUCCAAAAUAUAUUCAGUGUUGCUCUGAAAUCUCCCAUAGGUGUUGAAUUGAGGUGAGAGCUGUCGACUGCAAAGGCCAUAGCAUAUGAUUUACAGCAUUUUCAUACUCCAGAAGCCAUUCAGUGAGCUGAUGUGGGUGGAGUUAUUGUAAAAGAUCACACCUAUCAGGAUAGAAAUGUUUCAGCUAAGGAACAAGACAUUUGGUCAGAAAGAAUGGAAUGUGUUUAUUUGUUUGCAGUAGUGUUUCUUUAUAAGGGUAUGAAUCAUGGCAGCAAUAUAUAUAACAGAGUCACGGUUUCUCUCUUCGUCACCCAUCUGUAAACUGUUCAUCACCAUAAGAUGACAUCUAGGAGUAGGGAAAACAUCAGAAAAUAAAAGGUAGUGGGUUUCUGGGACUCGGGUUGAGAACCACUUGCAUAUUCCUUUGUCUGAAUGCAGCAUUACAGAGGCCCCUAUAUACCUGAGUUGCCUGAAAUGUACUAAGAAGAAUGCCAAGGUCCCCUUUUUUUCCCAUUUGUGAAUCACCUCUUCUUGUUGUUCUCUCUAACCAUCAGCACCCAUGUUUCUUGCAUUUGCUCUGUUUGCCCUGGAUGGAUCACCUCAUUAAUUUAAACAGGAUUUCUCUGCAUACAGUAUUUUCAGUAGCAUAUGUUUUCAAAUAAGAUGCAUAGAUACUAGUUCCAGAGCCACCUGAAACGACAGAGGAAGUCGCUUCAAAGUGGAUCCACUUUGGCUAACGAAUCAAAACGGAUCUUGUUUUAAAAUGAGCUGAUGUGAAAUGAAAUAACCUGAAAAUGUUUGUUGAAACUUGGUCAUAUAGCAUUAUAAAUAAAUUGUAACAUAUUAUUUUAAAUAAAUACAUUUAAUGAGAAAA